UAGAAAGCAUUUCUGUGAUAUGACCGACUCGACUUAAAUAUCAUCCGUCCAUCACGAUUGUCUGCCUCCACCACCAUGCCACCAUCAAAUGCACCUUCCUUCGCCGACUUACUAAACUAGACACCCAAGCCCCAAGCGUCCCACAAGAGGGAAAGAGAAACCGAUAUAAACACUAUCCAAAACCGAGGGUCGUGUUUACUGUCAGCUCGCCAGCUGGAUCAAAAGAGUUUGACCCGUUCAGCGUAACGCCGUAACGAAACGCGAUAACUUCAGUCGUUUAGUAUCGAGUGCCCCGCUGAGUCGUUUUUUUUUCUGGUGAUAAUAAUUGAACAUUGACACAAACAGAAGAAAAUCAUGGCUUUUUCAUUGUUGAGGAACGGUUUGAGGGUAUGCAGGCAAAUGCUGAACAGAGGUGCUGUACUUGAAAGUAUGGCGAGGAAUGGCAAAAUGGACACUUCCAGAAGCAUGCCCGCUUUAUGUAAGUGUACACCCCUGGCGAAUACAGCUUUCAGACAAGGCCAUUUGUCCACCAGGGAAUACAGCAAACAAGCGAAAUAUGCCGACAGGAAGUUUCAGUCUGAUUCUGAAUCAGAUAGUGAUUUAGAAUGGAUUGGACAUAGGGGAGAGACAGACUUUUGGCGUAGGAAAAUACGCACCUUCCACGGCAUCCUAGACUUAAACAAAGACGGUGUGAUAUCGUUUGAGGACUUCAAAUUGUUGGCUGAGCGAUUCGUCAAUUUGGGUAACUUGAGUGAACAGCAGGUCAAGGAAUUUCACAAAUUAGUUACGGAACUAUGGGAAAAGCAGUGGGGUGAAAUGUCACCAUACAACCUAGUUACAGUUGAAAUGUAUUUAGAGAAUAUGCAUCAUGUUCUAAAUGACAAAUGCUUAGUUAGGCGAGCACAUUCCUUCUUACCAUACCUUUUCAAGGCUGUCGAUAAAGACAAGUCCGGCGAAAUAACCGUGGAAGAAUUCAAACUAUUUUUCAACGUGUUGGGCCUGAAAGACCAAGACGCUAUCGUGGCUUUCAGAGCUAUCGAUUCUAACGGUGACGGCAAGAUAUCACAGAAAGAAUUCGUCAAGCAAGGCAGGGACUUCUUCCUGACGGAGGACGAGAACAGGAUAAGCAAGUAUUUCUGGGGGCCCCUCGUGGAGCACUAGUGAUUAACUAAGUUUAGGACAGAGGUUUUUAUAUUAUGACUAGUUAUUUAAUUUUUUUUAAGACUUAGGCUUCAUAAUACUUCUAGACGUUUUUGUCUCAUUACUAAAAUCGAGUGCUCUUAAAAUAUGGGUAAUUUUCAGCGUAAGCGAAGAUGUUUCGACAUUUUUUUGUCGAUAUAUCUUGUUUUAAGUUAAACAUAAUCGAGUGCAACACCUUAAAUAAUAAUUUGUAACAAUUACGGCAGCUGGAAAUGUUAUGAUUGUCCGAAUGUCCUGCCGUUUAGGAAAUCAAGGGAUUAUAACGUCAGUGAAUACUUUUAAAGCUGCAUUCUUUUAUGUAGGCCUAGAAGUUAAGAAUUUUCCACUAAAUUAAAAUUAUUAUUAUAUAAACUAUUAUUCCGAACUGUUUGAUUUGUUAGUACAUAGACUUUUCUACAAUUAAAUCUUUUUCUACUGA